AUUGAACACUGAGCCAUAUUGAAUUAUCAUCUGACUGAACCUUAGAAACAUGAAACUUUCUUUUCUAGUUUAAUGUAAAGACAAUAUUAGAUUCUGUCAACUUAAAAGUUAUAUUUUGUGACAAGUGUAAUUGCAAAUGUCGUAAACAAAUGAGUACCACCUUACUCUAUUUUACACACUUCACUCACACUUCAAUGUUUGUUGGAUGUGGAUUGUGGAAUUGAUUGGAAUUAAUUUAAUUUAAUUAUACUUAGCAUAGCAUUUCCCAGGAUAUAGCCAGAAAAGUCUGUCUAUGAUUUAAGGCACCGAUGGAUUGCAAGGAAGAUGAUAAAUGUGAUGAAACAAUAAUUCAAGAAAUUGACAAAAAUAUUCCAAUCAAAGCCAAAGAGGCAGUGUUUGUUGAGUGCUCUGGAUUGCCAUCAGGAACUCCUUUAGUAAAAGGAUAUGACUGGAAUAAUGGAAUUGAUUACAAGGCACUUUUGGAAACUUACCGUUUUUGUGGGUUUCAAGCGACGAAUUUUGGUCUGGCUGUAGAAGAAAUUCAAAAUAUGUUGAAAUGCAGGGACAUUCCGUUGAGCGAUGAGCAAGAAGACUCACUGGAGGAUGAUGACUUCAUCAGACGCCGGUCAAGUUGUACAAUCUUCUUGGGAUUCACUUCCAACAUGGUAUCGUCCGGAGUUCGAGACUCAAUACGGUUUCUGGUUCAGCAUCGGCUGGUAGACUGCAUCGUCACCACAGCAGGUGGUGUGGAAGAAGACCUGAUCAAAUGUCUUGCUCCAACAUACAUCGGUGACUUUCACCUCAAAGGAAGCGUACUGAGGGACAAAGGCAUCAAUCGGAUCGGAAAUCUUCUUGUGCCCAACGACAACUAUUGCCUGUUUGAAGAUUGGGUCAUGCCACAUCUGGAUACUAUGUUAGAAGAACAGAAAACCAAGGGAACUCUUUGGACACCAUCUAAAGUUAUAGAAAGACUUGGCCUGGAGAUCAAUGACCAAAGUUCCAUAUAUUAUUGGGCAGCAAAAAAUCAAAUUCCAGUUUUCAGUCCUGCCCUUACAGACGGUAGCCUGGGAGAUAUGAUGUUUUUCCACUCAUAUAAAAACCCAGGAUUAGUAGUCGACAUUCUUCAAGACCUCCGCAGACUCAACACCAUUGCCAUGAAAGCCGUUAACUCUGGUGUCGUCAUUUUAGGAGGCGGAGUGAUCAAACAUCAUAUCUGCAACGCCAAUCUCAUGAGAAAUGGAGCGGAUUACGCAGUAUUCAUCAACACAGCUUCAGAGUUUGAUGGCAGUGACAGUGGUGCUCGACCUGAUGAAGCUGUGUCUUGGGGCAAGAUUAAGAAAACUGCAACUCCAGUCAAAGUAUAUGCAGAAGCAACACUAGUCUUCCCUUUGUUGGUGGGAGAGACUUUUGCCACUUAUCACCAUGAUAGACGAGAUAAGGCCUCACUAGAUAAAAAAUGUUCACCAAGUAAAUAGACUUUAAAG